GAUGAAGCUGGUUUAUACCAAAAAAGGCCUGGAGUUCAGAAAGUCACUUAAAUCAGAAAUAGAGAGUGAACAGAUGGGCGGGUACACGCCUAUCCAACCGAGAAAGAUAAGCUCAAGGUUAAGACUUAGUUCUUUCUUGAAAGAAGAAACUGGGCAGAAGGAGACCGGCUUCAAGCUCCCUGACUUUGAUAAUGUUAACGUUGAGUUAAUCCAGACAGCAAAAGGGGAGAUCAAAGAGAAACCCCUUCCUUUGGUAAAUGAGCUUGAGACAAAGGAAGAAAGGAUGUCUAGAUUUCACUUGAAUGAUCGUAAUUCAUCAAAACUUCAGCAUAUUCUAAAAGACAUUCCUCAAACUUUACAUAAGAUUGCUUCUAAAGAGAUGAUUUUACCUCCAAAAGGGCCUUUACAAACAAGUUCCUUUCUUGACAUAAUAGGGAAGGUAGAAUCUCCUUCUCAUUGGAGAUUUUUCAAGAACAAGCAACAAACAAUGUCAGGUUUCUUUUCUCCAGAUGGCAGAAGCAGCCCUUCCAAUCUCACUUCGACUAAAAGAAGGUAUUUCUCACCAGAAGCUACACACACAAGCUUGUCGCCUUCAGAGACCAAGUUCCCUUUCAACAUCGAAAAGAUUUUCAGGAAGCAUGCAAAGAAGGAAGCUCAGAGACAAGUCAUCAGCCUGGCGCUUCUACGUCACCGCAAAAUGAUUGAGAAUUCCAAGGAGAUUCCUGAGAUCUCAGAGUACCAUAACAGGCUUGAGCAGGAGCUCAAGCCUGCUCUUGCAGAUUUGGAUAGCCAUAAAAGAAGAUUAAAGCAGAGAAUCAUGAAAAUUCAUAAGGAUAAAUACCAUAAGGAAUGGAAGUCAAGACAGGUCUUUAAUAGACUAGCUAUGAUAAGCUACCCAACCAAGAAGAGCGGAGAAGUCUAGGCUAGGAUGU